GGCUGAUUCAUUCGGGGGCUGGAGCUGGAAGCGCCGACGUCGGCUCCUGCGCCGGGCAAAGCCUCGCUCCUCAUUGGCUGGUUCUUGGGGACCGCCCUCCCCCUCUUGCCACCCCUGGGUUCCCUCCCGGGUCCGCAGUAGAAGCACUGCUCUCUCGCAUCUUGACCCCUGGGCCUUUUUCCUUUCCCUCCCGCCGCCGCCGUCGCUUCAGACGCCCCUGCUCCCGAAGGAGCUCCCGGUUCGGUGAUGGGGUCUCGGGCUUCCACGUUACUGCGGGACGAAGAGCUCGAGGAGAUCAAGAAGGAGACCGGCUUUUCCCACAGUCAGAUCACCCGCCUCUACAGCCGGUUCACCAGCCUGGACAAAGGAGAGAACGGGACUCUCAGCCGAGAAGAUUUCCAGCGAAUUCCAGAACUUGCCAUCAACCCAUUGGGGGACCGGAUUAUCAAUGCCUUCUUUCCAGAGGGAGAGGACCAGGUAAACUUCCGUGGAUUCAUGAGAACUUUGGCUCAUUUUCGACCUAUUGAGGAUAACGAAAAGAGCAAAGAUGUGAAUGGACCAGAACCACUCAAUAGCCGAAGCAACAAACUGCACUUUGCUUUUCGACUCUAUGACUUGGAUAAAGAUGACAAGAUUUCCCGUGAUGAGCUGUUACAGGUGCUACGCAUGAUGGUUGGAGUAAAUAUCUCAGAUGAGCAGCUGGGCAGCAUUGCAGACAGGACCAUCCAGGAGGCUGAUCAGGAUGGGGACAGCGCCAUAUCUUUCACAGAAUUUGUUAAGGUUUUGGAGAAGGUGGACGUAGAACAGAAAAUGAGCAUCCGAUUUCUUCACUGAAGGACUGAGACCAGACUGUUGCCUGCUUUCUAGUAUUUACGAACUGGAACUUGAGAGUCCUCCUGUCCACCAGCCCCACCUCCACCCCAUCAUUCCCCUUCUCCCAAAGUACUACUGCUGUUGCAUGACAACCCCAAAUAUGUUCUGUCAACGUAAACUUGCCUUUGGUGUAUAAACAGGGCAUUACAGAAUGGUACCCCAGUCUAUUUCUGUUCAGUAUCAUUCACCAGUUAUCUCCAUUUCUAAAUAUCAUCUCCCCUGGUUCGCUGCUGAAGGCCACAUGUCCAUCCCGUCUGAAAAAGUGAGAGGAAAUCCAUGCCAAGAACCAACCAGCAAAGCUCUUUCACUGGAUGUAGAAGACAGCCUUGCUGCCUUCCCUCCAGCCAGGCUUCGGCAUGCUCCUUCGUCCUUUUUUUAUAUGUCCUUUCCUUCCUACUUCUCUGUCACUUAGUUCUUCAGUCUCCCUGCUCUUCAUUAAGCUUCAGCCCCUCUCUUCUACUUGGCCCCCCAAGCUAUGCCUGUUAAGCGUGUUUCUGACUUGGCAGGAUGGUGGGCGGGCUGGCGGUUUUUGUCUACCUUUAUUCUUAAAUGGGUCUCUGGGAUAUUGCCUCUACAGGAGAUUUUCCAUAACCAACACUUCUCUCAAAAGAAUGGUCAU